AUGUCCCUUCUGUCUACUCCGGGAUCAAGCUGGUCUCUACCUUCGAGUCGUCACUACACCACCUUAAGCAGCUCUACGAGUUUAGCUACGCUCCGUUCGAAGCCGCCUCGAUCUUCGACAUUGGCUCCGUCGACGUACUUCAGUUCUUCAACUUCAAUAGAUUUACCAUCGCGUCGCAGCAGAAUGUUCCUGGGUCGCGAAGACGCGCUGGAACGCAGCGAGCCCGUGAAACUCACAAGCUACAGAGACCUCAGCGAAUCGAGGCUAGCCUUAUCGAGGGCAGAUUCGCUUUCGCGCGGCAUCAGACGUCUCUCAAUAACUGACUUGAGUACACUCACGUCUAGCGCGUCAGGCUUGGAUAUAAACGGCAACGUCAAGAAAGGUCACGAGAGGAGUUUAUCCGGCUGUUCGCAAAUCAGUGGCGAAGCUCUUGCUCCUUCUCCGACAGGGUCGGAUUCGGGACUGGGGUCAAGGUCGAUAACUCCUUCGUCCUCAUAUCAUUACCGCACCCUGGGGUCGUCCAAUUCGUCUGUCGACUCCAUUGAGGUAGCGGUCAAACCAUUGACAAGACAUCGGAUCCGUCGGGUGUCAACAGCUUCAGGAGAUAGUUCAUCGGGAAUUAGCGUAAGCUCGCGAAGCUCUGCGCGAAGCUUGGGAUCCGCCGCCGACCAUAACGGGAAUUCCACCGUGGCGGUGGUUGGUUUGCGCAAUCUGGGAAAUUCGUGUUUCAUGAAUUCAAUCAUCCAAUGUCUCGUCCACACUCAGCUCGCAGACUACUUCAGAGGUCGUGCAUUCCGGGCUGACGUCAACACGAGCUCACUCAUGAAGGGUGAUCUCGCGCAGGCGUUCGCGAGUUUAGUCACAUCAAUGUGGACUUCCAAAGAUGGGAGCGCCAUAUCCCCGACGGAGUUCCGAUCUCAAAUUCAAAAAUACGCACCUCGUUUCAUGGGCUAUUCUCAACAAGAUGCCCAAGAGUUCCUCCGGUACCUCCUCCAAGGUCUCCACGAAGACGUGAACAGGGUGCGGAUCCAACCGAGGGGCACUUGCUUGCCAGAAAUCGAUGGAUCACUAAGUGAUCACCAGAAAGCCGCAGAGUCAUGGCGACGGUACCUUCGAGUCGACGACUCCCGGAUCGUCGAUUUGUUCGUCGGUCAGCUGAAAUCCACGCUGAAAUGUUCGGAAUGUGGUCACAAAAGCGUAACUUUCGAUCCGUUCUGGGAUUUGUCGUUGCCAAUCUCAGACUCUCGAUGCACAGCGUCGACGCUCCAGCAAUGUUUGGAGUAUUUCACCAAAGAAGAAGUUUUAGACGGCGACGAGAAACCCACCUGUGAUCAAUGCAAAAAACGACAGAGGAUGACGAAAAAUUUGAGCAUUUGGAAAUGCCCCAAAAUUCUCGUACUACACCUGAAGCGAUUCGGGAACUCGGAACGCUAUCGAUCGAAGCUAGAAACCAAUGUUCAAUUCCCGUUAAGAAAUCUCGAUAUUUCGGCGUUCAUGUCAAACGGUGGGGACUCGCAUUUCUGUAAAUACAACCUAAUCGGAGUUUCGAACCAUUCGGGAAGCACUCAUUCCGGUCACUACACGGCGACUUGCUUAAACCCCAUCAAUAGGCAAUGGUAUAGCUGCAAUGACGCAAGGGUCAGUGAGGUCGGCGAGAGCAGAGUGGUUUCAUCCGAGGCUUACGUGCUGUUCUAUGAGCUUGAUGGGACGACGUUCAGUCGAUUGUGAGCCCACGCAUAGUCUGAGCAAUCGCUACAAAGAAGGACCUAUCUAGUCGAAUUGAAUGUUUUGUUGUACUCUAGCUUUGAAUUUUUGGUAUCGUCGUAAGACGCCGGAGCAGCUUGGAGCGAGCAAAGCGAGUCUUGGUUGACAAGCGCUUCCCCAACCCCCGAGAGAGGCAAUAACAACGCUCGCCGUUUGAGCGAACCGUGGCAACGAUGUUUCCUGGGCCCGUCCAGGGCCGAAAAUUCCGAAAAUUUUCACUCGAGAUCAUUUCCGAAUUCCUCGUUUGAGCACGAGAAGCCGGGACUCCUCCCUCUCAAUGUCCCGCCCUGGAAUGAUUCGGAUGACUCUGCUAAGCAUGGAAUCACGAAGUGAAGGAGGAGAAGCGAGUAUAGACCAAGAGCUCCCCUCUUACGGUUGAAACUCGAGCUAGAGAGUGAGUUUCCCCGAAUUACGUGGCAGAUGGUCCGAUCAACCUCGACUUCAGAGGGUAAAUCGUUUUCCCAUCAUCCCACGGAACGAUCACAAGCUCAGGGCUCUCGAGACCCUUAGCGAAACUGCUUGCAGAAUGCGCCUGAAACGAAUAAGGGAUUCCUAGGAGAGUCCGAGCCCAGCCUCCGAACAGAGAUGAUGGUACAGGCCGAGAAUGUCCCGAGAACUUCGAUACCGGGACGUCUCAUAUUACUUGAGCGAUUCAGACAGCCCACGAAUAUUCGCCGGCGAGGCAGUCGCGGCUUCACGCCGCAGUCUGAGGAGGCCGUCGGGCUCAAGUGUUCGGUAUCGGCUGGCCUGGAUUGUAUACAGGCGCCCCCGUCGGAACUCGUGUGCUUUCUAGUCGACAAUCGUGAGACGACUCGACGGAAUUUUUCCCUCUCUACCCUCAAAUAUCGAUCAGCUGGGGAUGAAGCACUACUCAGAGCGGAGAGAGAAACAUCUCGUAACUGUCGGCAAUACAAGAAAAAGCUUUCCUACAUGUACAUAGGUUGUGAAAUAGGCUCCGCGACGUGGACGUCGUAGAGCCGUAUAAGUGUACAGCGCUUGCAAAUGGAAUGGAGCUAAAAGAAGAGCGUAUUCUCAUGGAAGUCGAACGAUCGAUAUCGAAACGAGAAAAUUUCCCUUCCGUGUGAAAUAAAAUUAAUAACCCCGU